AUGGCGUGCCCUUCCAACAGAGAUCUUCGAGACUGGCUGAAAGACUUGGUAUAUUGGCGUGAGAGAUGCCACAUCAACAUUCAUCAGGAGAUGUUGAAUAAAUGCGACAACCCAACCGCCUGCCGCAAGCGCAGAAUGCCAAACAGCGACAACGAAACUCAAGACUCCCUCCAAUCCUCAUCGCAUUCUCCAUCGGCCGGGACCGAAACAGCAACGAAGAGAAGCCCAGAAAGACCAGUUGAGGAAUCCGAUAACUCGGUUAGUUUCACAAGACUUUGGGCGGAGCUAGCAGCCGUCAAAUUGCCUCCCAGAUACUGGGACCUAUUUCAGGCAGUUGCUACAAUUGAGACCAUGGAUCGGAGGUGGUGUCAUAACCAUGUGGCUGUUAGAAUGGUCCAACACAAUAUCUCGCCAUCUGAAGCCACUGUUAUCCGCGACUUUAUGCAAACACUCAGCCCAAGGCUUAGCUUUUUAAUUCUAGGUAUUGACGGAGAAAGCGACCGCAUGGUUCUUGAGAAUGCUCUUGCUUUCAAUUCAGCCACGGUAUCAUUUCAGCAGCGGGUUAAUGUCCUUGAGGAGGGCCUCGUUAAGCAGGCCUACAUGAAGUUUUACACCUACUUCCGAAAGCUCGCUCUCCUGGGAACUGAGCUCCAAGAGCCGUGCAUCAAAUUGGAACAAGAAGGAAGUGACAGUGGUCUCCCCGAGCAGGAGCCUCCACAGUACAGUGGGUUCUGA